AGACGAAAGCACGCAACCGCACCAAACCUUAGCCAAGGCCGCCCCUCAACUCUUCCUGCGUGCCGGUUCCAUGGCGCUGCGCUCUCCCUCCAGCACUCGUCGGCAGGAUGAGCCCCUCCGUGAUUCGCCGCCGGCGGACUCUCCGCCUCCCACCUCUCAGCCAAUGUCCCUGGUCCACAACGACAACAAGCAGGACCAGAAGGAAGACAACCUCAUGAUCAUGAGCUCCAUCAAGAAUGUGGAAGAAGAGGCAGCCAAGACAAGGCAGGAGGCGGUGCAACUCAAGAAGAGGCUGGCCGAGCUGGAGCUGGCCAUGGUCAACCUCAAGAGAGUGGACAUUCCCAUUAAUGGUGGAUCCAGCCAUGGAGCUAAAGCUGAUGCUGCUAGGAAAACAAAGGAAGAGGUGGAUCAGUUGUUGGUCAAAUUAGAAAUGGAGGGAUUGGAGAUAGAUGGAAAGGUAGCUAGUAUUAUUGAUGAUGGGAUAUGGAGAAUUAAAGCUGAAGCCGUGAGGGAACCAAAAGGGCGCAAUGUGAUGGAAUCACUGCUCAUUCUUGCAGCUUAUGUUGUUGGUUUCGUCAUUGGUGUGGAAUUGCAAGAAAAUAAAUUCCGUGAGGAGUAUGCCAAGAUGAAACGUUCUUAGUUAAAUAGCCUAAGGCUUGCGAGUGCAUUCUGUUUAUGGUACUUUGUAAAACCAUGUAGGUAAUCAUAGGAAAACACUGUUGGCUAAUUGUGGUAUGCAAACCUAAGUUUUCUAGUUCAUGCUAUACUAUGGUUUUUGCCAUUUAUAAUGUAACUCUUGUUUGGUA